CCGAAACUAUAUUUAUUCUGGAUCUCUGGGUGCGAAAACAAUCGAUCCAGAGCCCACUUCGUGCGUUUUCGCUAGUUCACGCGUGGAGUUGCACGUGAAAACAGUUUUAAAUACCAGAUAUGUGAACUAAACUAUUACAAUUCAGAUUGGUGCAGCAAUUGAGUGAAGAAAAGUGCGAAAAUGGGUGGAAAAUACUCGUCUUUGGACCCCAUGGAGAUCGAGGUGCCUGAAAUUGAUAAACUCCUCGCUAGAGACCCGUAUCUUAAGCCGUUUGAGAAGGAAAUCCGUCGCCGAUAUGGGUGUUUUAAAGACCUGCUUGAAACAAUUGAUGAGAAUGGGUGCGGUUUGGACAGUUUCACCCAAGGGUAUAAGUACUAUGGGCUUCACGUCCAGCCAGACAACACAAUUGUGGCCAGAGAGUGGGCCCCGGGCGCUGUGCAGUUGUUCCUAACAGGAGACUUUAAUGGCUGGAACAGGGACAGCCACCGUUACAAGAAACUGGAGUUUGGCAAAUGGGAAUUAGUCAUACCGCCAAAACCCGAUGGUUCAUGUGCCAUACCCCACUUAUCCGAAGUCAAAGUGGUUGUGGAAACACAAUCUGGAACAAAAGAAGAUCGCUUAUCGCCCUAUGCCACAUAUGUGGUCGAGCCGCCAAAAGACCAAGGAACAAUUUACAAACAAAAGUUCUGGAACCCGCCAAACUCAGAGAAGUACGAAUUUCGGCACUCAAGACCGGCGAAACCGAAAGGCUUGCGCAUAUAUGAAUGCCAUGUCGGCAUAGCCACGUCUGAACUGAAAGUGGGUUCCUACGACAAUUUCACUGAUAAUAUUCUACCACGGAUCGUAAAACAAGGCUAUAACACGAUUCAGCUCAUGGCAAUAAUGGAGCACGCAUAUUAUGCCAGUUUCGGUUAUCAAGUAACUAGUUUUUACGCCGCGUCUAGUCGUUACGGGACACCCGAACAACUGAAACGGUUGAUAGACCGGGCACAUGAGCUCGGUUUAACCGUUCUGCUCGACUUGGUCCAUUCACACGCCAGUAAAAACGUGUUGGAUGGGUUGAACCAGUUCGACGGUACUGACUCGUGUUUCUUCCAUGCGGGGGCGCGCGGGGAGCACUCUUUGUGGGACUCAAGACUGUUCAAUUACCAGGAAUUCGAAGUGAUGCGGUUUUUGUUGUCCAACAUUCGUUGGUACAUGGAGGAGUACAAGUUCGAUGGGUUUAGGUUCGAUGGGGUCACCUCCAUGUUGUACCAUUCGCGGGGGAUCGGGCAAGGUUUCAGCGGGAAUUACGAGGAGUAUUUCGGGUUGAACGUCGAUACUGAAGGCUUAGUCUACCUGAUGUUGGCCAAUCACGUGGCGCACCAUUUCAAUCCUGAUGGUAUAACCAUAGCCGAGGACGUGUCAGGCAUGCCUGGGACUUGCCGCCCAAUUAGCGAGGGUUGCCUAGGUUUUGACUACCGCCUAGCUAUGGCUGUGCCCGAUAAGUGGAUCAAACUGCUCAAGCACUACUCUGACGACGACUGGAACGUGGGCAAUAUCGUGCACACGCUCACUAACCGGAGGUGGAUGGAACCCAGCGUGGCUUACGCCGAGUCGCACGACCAGGCCCUCGUUGGCGACAAGACCAUUGCCUUUUGGCUGAUGGACAAGGAGAUGUACACCCACAUGAGCACCCUCUCGCCCUCGUCCCCCGUGGUUGAGCGCGGGCUCGCUCUGCACAAGCUAAUCCGGUUCAUAACGCACGCAUUGGGGGGCGAAGCCUACCUCAAUUUCAUGGGGAACGAGUUCGGACACCCCGAAUGGCUCGACUUCCCGCGCGCUGGGAACAACAACUCCUAUCAUUACGCGCGCCGGCAGUGGCAGCUAGUCGACGACGAGCUCCUCAAGUACAAAUUUUUGAACAACUGGGACGCCGCGAUGAACCACGCCGAGGAGAAGUACGGCUGGUUGAGCGCACCCCCGGCCUACGUCAGCUGGAAGCACGAGGACGAUAAGGUGAUAGCGUUCGAACGCGCCGGCUUGUUAUUCGUCUUCAAUUUCCACCCAACGAAAAGUUUCGCGGAUUAUAAACUUGGAUUCGAGGGCGAGGGCGAGUUUCGCAUCGCCUUGUGUUCGGACGAUAAGGAAUUCGGGGGCCACAGUAGGAUCGAUACGUCGAUUCAUAAUUUCACGAAACCGGAAAGUUUCUGCGGGAGGAGAAACUCGAUUCAGGUGUAUAUACCUUCCAGGACUGUUAUCAUGUUGGCCAAAGUCUAAGUUUUUUUCCACAAAAUAAAUGUUAUUUUUUUAGGAACGUACAA